GUGUUGUUUGCAGCCAAUCUCUUGGGCGGGUGCGGCGGGCUGUGUUGGAUUGUGCGGUACCUUGCCGUUGGAGAUGGCCUACGCAGGGAAGUUCACCUGCAAUCCAAACAGCCGGACUUCGCGGCGUCUCGACAGCUCAUUGCACGUUCCACGAUUGUUCGACGUUCUUUUGGUAGGCUGUCUGGCGUGACGUGCCUGCGUGCGCUUGACCAUCGCUCCUUGCCGCUGCUCGUCACACCCGCUACCUGGUUGAUCCUACCAGUAGUCAUAUGGUUGUCUCAAAGACUAAGCCAUGCACGUCURAGUGUGAACACUUUGCACUGUGAAACUGCGAAUGGCUCAUUAAAUCAGUUAUCAUUUAUUUGGUGGUCUCCUUACCACUCGGAUAACCGUGGCCCGGGUAACCCUUUAAAGGUUCAUCGUGACGGGAAUAGAUUGUUGUAAUUAUCGAUCUUGAACGAGGAAUGCCUAGUAAGCGCGAGUCAUCAGYUCGCGCUGAUUACGUCCCUGCCCUUUGUACACACCGCCCGUCGCUCCUACCAAUUAAAUGGUCCGGUGAAGUAUCUGGAUUGCGGUGAUCUCGGCGGUUUGCCGCUGGGGGUGCUGUGAGAAGUUCAUUGAACCUUAUCAUUUAGAGGAAGGAGAAGUAGUAACAAGGUUUCCGUAGGUGAACCUGCGGAAGGAUCAUUGACACGUGAAUGGCCGAUCUUCGGGGUGUGGGACGCUGGCUUGCUCGCCCUUCCGCCGCCCUUUGCCCCCCAUCCUCCCUGCAUCCGCUUUUGUCUUCCGUUUCAGCACCAUCUUGGGCUUAGUGCCCAGCUGGCGACUGGCCCGGCCCAGAGGGGCGCGUGGUGUAGGUAGAGGGUUGGGGGAGUGGGCAGGGUCCGGGGCCUUGUGGCGUUGCUCCCCCUUCAUCUCGUCCCGCCUCCGCAAGUUAUUACCUCGGCCCAGCCCCACUCUCGACUUCUGGUCGGGAUGGCGGUUGGUCCGGGCACGGACARCCCUGCGGGAGGGUCAGGGGCGGGAUGGUGGGUGGUGGCGGCUGUCCUCGGCCUGCGUACCCCCGCUCCUUCUUGUCUCAGAUUUGUCCGGACCUCCUUUCCAUCCCGACCUCGACCUCGGCUUCGUGCGGAGCUCGUGGCUUGUUUGGGGGUCGAGGGUCGUGCGACGGCGUCUGCCGCCUUGGAUGACACAAGGCUGUCGAUAGGGCCAGCCGGUCUGGCCCCGAAAGCAUAAGUUCGGAGUUGUCCCUCCUGCGGCGGAGCACCGACGCCCUGGGGGUCUCUUCAUCGCAAUUUCUUUCRCUCGGGGAGUCAAACCCUUUG